UGACUGCAGGCUUGCCAGAGCUUGUCAGACAAAAGUCCAAAUUUGGCCAAUGUUUCUAUUAGGCUCUCUCUCUCCUCACAGACUUCCCUGAGCGUGUGCUGGUUUUUUUUCCCUCCUACACUCAGAAAAGAGACACUGAGCCACAGUUUCAUUGACUCAUGUCACUCUGCCUUAUUUUUCUCUGGGGAACGAAGGAAAACAGCAAAACGGACGUAUUUGGACGAGGGGAUGAGGAGGGACAGGGAGUGGUGCGGUAGAAUUCAUGGAGAAUAUGUGGGAAAACAAGACUGCCUGGUGUUUUGUGGCUCGGGAAGGUUGUGGUGUAAGCUGGGCAGUGCCAGCUGUUCGCUUUUAGCCUCAGGGCUACACCUCAUUUACACACACUUGGCAGCUCCGCUUCUUUAUGAGGUGUUAUUCUGCACUCAUAAGGCUUGGAAGAUGGAAAGACAAGUGGAAAGCCAGACAUGACGAAGAGCAAGAAGAUGCAUUUUAAAAGGCUGCCUUGACAACUCCUGAUGAUUUCUCUACCUGACAAUCAAGCGCUGUCGCCCUGAUCGCUGUCUGUCAGGCACAGCUUUUCAUUAAGCAAGAUGUCAACCACAACAGAAAUUGGGAUGGGAGGGCCUAGAAGCACAAGCAGAGAGAAAACGUACAAGAAGACCACGUCAUCGGCCUUGAAGGGAGCCAUUCAGCUCGGCAUCGGCUAUACAGUCGGUAACCUCACCUCAAAGCCUGACAGAGAUGUGCUUAUGCAAGACUUCUAUGUGGUGGAGAGCGUCUUUCUGCCCAGUGAGGGAAGCAACUUGACCCCAGCGCACCACUACCCCGACUUCCGCUUCAAGACUUACGCCCCGCUCGCCUUCCGCUACUUCAGAGAUCUGUUUGGCAUCAAACCGGACGAUUACCUGUACUCCCUGGUAAACGAGCCUCUGAUCGAGCUGACCAACCCAGGGGCCAGUGGCUCUCUGUUCUACCUAACCAGCGAUGACGAGUUCAUCAUUAAAACUGUGCAGCACAAAGAGGCCAAGUUUCUCCAGAGGUUGCUACCAGGAUACUACAUGAACUUGAAUCAGAAUCCACGCACGCUGCUGCCCAAGUUUUACGGCCUGUACUGUAUCCAGUCUGGAGGCAUCAACAUCCGACUGGUGGUGAUGAACAACGUGUUGCCUCGCUCCGUCAAAAUGCACUACAAAUACGAUCUGAAGGGAUCCACCUACAAGAGACGAGCCUCCAGGAAAGAGAGGGAGAAGUCCAGUCCGACCUACAAAGACCUGGACUUUCAGGACAUGCACGAGGAGGGGGUUUACUUUGACACGGAGACGUACAACAACCUAAUGAAGACCCUGCAGAGAGACUGUCGGGUGCUGGAGAGUUUUAAGAUCAUGGACUACAGUCUGCUGCUGGGUGUGCAUGUUCUGGAUCAGAGCCAGAGAGAAGGAGGCGAGCCGGGCCAGGCGGGCAGCGACGGGAGGAGACCUGUGGGUCAGAGAGUGCUUUACUCCACCGCCAUGGAGUCCAUCCAAGGAGACGGGAAGGCUGCUGAGGCCCUCACCACAGACGACACGAUGGGUGGUAUUCCUGCCAAAACACACAAAGAAGAGAAGCUCCUCAUCUUCCUGGGUAUCAUAGAUAUUCUACAGUCAUACAGGUUCAUUAAAAAGCUGGAGCACUCUUGGAAAGCUCUGGUGUAUGAUGGCGACUCGGUCUCGGUCCACCGGCCGGGGUUUUACGCCAGCCGCUUCCUCAAGUUCAUGAGCACGCGCGUCUUCAUGAAAACUCACCCACUUCGAUUCUCCCCUUCAAAGAGGACUCGCACUUCCAUUCCUGCUCUGAAGUCGUCCUCACAGGAGAUCCUUUCAUCGAAUCAGGAUGAGAGGAACGAGCUGGAAAGGAGGGACCGGCUGGGAGGAGCUCGCAGCCUGGCCAGCCUGGAUGGACAAGCUGUGUUUGGUUCGUAUCUACGUCCUGAUCUGGUCCCUGCCAACCCGUCCUUCUACGAGGGCUCCUCCAUGGGAACCAUCUCCACCUCCUCCAUCUUUGUAAACGUGGACAACCGAACAGAAGAGGGAGAGGACGUUGCAUCCAGCUCCACCUUCACACUGGAGGACAGCGCCAUCUGCCUCACCUCAGAGCAGAGCACCAUGGACGUGGACAUAGACCGCGACGACGGAUCUGUUCUCGAUGUCUACUUGUGAAAAUAGCAGCUUUACAGACUUCAUUUCCUCCUGCCAAGCAUAAGACAAUCGCCGCACUCCAUUGGACAGACCAGGCUGGCGUUUGACUCCACUUUCAGAGCUGCUACUUCCAUGAUACCACUUGUAAUUGCCAACUCAUAAAAAUGCAGAUUCCCACUGGUUCUAGGACUAAAAGAAGACACCAACAAAGACACAGCGACGGACAUCUGCGGGAACCAUGUGACAUAUCGUGUUAAGUGCUGAACAUGAGGCUGAGCUGCUCUCCAGAGCACGCCUCAACGCAUCGCCAUUCACUUUUAUACAUGUCCACUGUUUCCAUGGCCUCCACAAGGAUCCAGACAUUUACUAGAUAGAAAUAUAUAUAUGAAGAGAUGGUAGAAACGCGUCAUGCAUUUCUUUAAACAGUUUUUUCUGCUGAUCAGAAAGACAUGAGACACUUUGAAAAUUUUGCAGCGGCAUUAGUUGCUGAUAACACAUGAGGAAUGUUUACAGUGUAUUCAUGGGAUCUUUGUCCCUGAUGAAGAGGGGCGGGGACACACAGAAGGACACCAGCCAGCUUGUAAACCACAGCCAACGCAGAGGAGGAAAGACUCACGUGAAGACCUGAUUCUGAAGCUACCGAGGCCAAAAACACAGACUGUGAUGUGUUUGAAGUGGCCGACAUUUCCUAACAGGAAGCCGGAGCUGCUGUAAGACAGUUACUGGAUCUUGGAUGAAGCACAGAGCGGAGAGACAAUGCACUUGGUCUUGAUUUUUUUUUUUUUUUAAAAA